CGUUGAGCAUCAGUAGGACAUCACUCGCAGUUCAGCGUUCAAACCAAGCAAAAACAACCAACUUUACCCAAAAUGUUCAAGUUCGUCGCCCUCCUCGCCACCGUGGCCUGCGCUAGCGCUGGAUACCUGGAACCAGCCUACAGCUCGUACUCUGCUCCGGCUCUGGCCUACUCGAGCCCAGCCUACAGCUACGGAUACCAGAACGCCGGACACUCCCUGGCCUACAGCGCCCCGAUUGCCCGCACCUACGCUGCCCCGGCCCUGUCCUACGCCGCUGCCCCGAUCGCUACCUCCUAUGCCGCCCCUGCUCUGUCCUACUCUGCUGCCCCGAUUGCCCACUCGUACGCCGCCCCUGCCCUUUCGUACGCCCGCAGCUACGCCCCUGCCCUGUCCUAUGCCCGUAGCUACGCUCCAGCUCUGUCGUACGGAAACAACUACGGAUACUCGUCGUACGCCGCUCCUUUGGCCACCAAAACCGUCGCUAUUGCCCAGCCGGCUGCCAUCGCCGCCCCAGCUGCCGCCCUGAGCUACGCCCCUGCUCAUGCCACCAGCUAUACCAGCUCGUACAUGAAGUACAACAGCCCGCUGAUCGCCUAUGCCUUUUUCAACAUAAUGGCGUUUAAGAUGGUGGUUCUGUUUGCCGCUCUGGCCACGGCCAGCGCCGGAUAUAUCGAAGCUGAUCACCAUCAGCACUACUCGCCGGCUUCGGCCGUGAGCUACAGCUCGAUCACCCGUGAGCAUCACACCCCGAAGCUGGCAGUGGCCAAGACCCUGUCCUACGCCGAGCCUCAGAUUCACUAUGCUGCCCCAGCUAUCCAGUACGCCGCUCCGGUCCACAAGGAAUACGCCGUCCAUGAGCACCAGCCUCUGCUGAAGACCGUUGUGGCCCAGCCAGCUUACACCAAGACCAUCGUCCAGCAGCCAACCUAUGCCAAGACCCUGAUCUCGGAGCCCACCUACGCCCAUGCCGCCCCAGUGUACGCCCAUGCUGCUCCAGUGUAUGCCCAUUCCGCUCCAGUCUACGCUCAUGCUGCCAAGACCGUCUCCUACUCAGCCCCGAUCGUCAAGAACGUUGAGUACUCCAAGUUGGCCUACACCGCCCCAGUUGCCAAGACCAUCGUUUCCUCGCACCCGUCCUACACCAAGGCCAUCUACGCCGAACCGACCUACUCCAAGACCAUCGUGGCCGCUGAGCCCACUUACACCAAGACCAUUGUCCAGCAGCCGACUUACGCCAAGACCUUGAUCUCGGAGCCCACCUACGCCCAUGCUUCCCCGCUGUACGCCCACGCCGCCGCUCCAGUGUACGCCCAUGCUGCCCCCGUGGUUGCGGCCAAGACCGUGAGCUACUCCCCAGCUGCGGCUGUGUCCCAUGUCAGCUACGACGACUCCAGCGCUCACUACGGCUGGUAAAUGCAGUGAACCUGUGUGCAAAAAGUGCCAAAACGAAACGGGUAUCGAUGGGAGACCAUCGUCUCUAUUAGGACCAGGACAUCGUGACGU